AUGCCUUACACUCCGCCCUCAAAUCCGUCGCCCGCAUCCUCGAGGAACAGCAGUCCUAUUCUCAGUCGCAACCAUUCCUACAUCGACCAGACUGCCCUUUCGCCUGCCUCCUCUCAGCGGCCAGCCCUGCCUCGCUCUGUCUCGUCCACGUCCUAUCUGCACAAGUCCCGGCGUUCGCCUUCGCUUUCAAGUGUCGACAACAACACGGCUGCAAAUGGCCAAAUGACAAACGGUAGCGUACUCAUGAUGGCCGACACCAGCCGCGCCCGUGGCCACUCCAAAAAUGGUAGCCUCCGCCCGUCUCCUCUCGCUGUGAACCAUCUUCUGAUUCCUCCAGGUGCGAUCACGACUCCUCCUGAAUCCGACGACGACGAGCGUGGCCGUAACAUUGGCAACCUACAGGAGCUGCAAGAAGCGCUGCAGCACAUCAAUGUCAAACGGAUGCCUUCGCCGCAACGAGUCGAAGCCAACUCUACGCCCAAGAGCACGACGCUUCCCAUGACGGCUGCACGCUCACUUUCCGCAGAGGCUCGCAAGAUUUCCCACUCGCGCUCGUCAAGCGAGAUUACCCUCUCCCAACACAUGAUCCACCCUCUCAUCACAGACCCAGUCAUUAGCUCAUCCGAUGGCAGCGAUGCCGAGGAUGACGAGUUGCGGAUAAAACCGCCGCUACUGCGCAAGAAGUCGGGUGAGCUGGUAAAGCCUGCUCUCAGGCCUCCGUCGCGCCGACGACCCUCGAGCAUGCCUGGUACGCCAACUUACUCGAAAGCGGUGCACUUCAACGAGGACAUCGAACAGGUCCGCCACUUUCUCAUGGUUGACAGACCGAUUGCUGUCAGUGCAGGCUCGUCACCAGUCGAGACUUACGACAGUGAGACCGAGUAUCCUUUCAGUGAGGACUCCCGCACAAAGACACCCGAGUGGGAGAUCAAGCUCACCAACUUCCCGACAACCGAUACGCAUGAGCGGCAAAGUGCACCAGUCCGCGUAGAGCGCAUCUUCCUUGCCUCUGAUAACCAGACGUUGGUUGGCAACAUUGCGUGCGCCAACAUCUCGUUCCACAAGUACGUUGUAGCUCGCUUCACGCUCGACUACUGGAAGACCACGUCGGAGGUGGUUGCCGAGUUCAAUCACGAUGUUCGCAAGAAGCAAAAGGAGGACGGCUACGACCGCUUCAACUUCAACAUCAAGUUGGCUGACCAAGCCAACCUGGAAUCGAAGACGUUGCUACUGUGCGUUCGGUAUACAGUCAACGGCCAAGAGUUCUGGGAUAACAACAACUCAAUGAACUACCAGGUCGACUUCUUGAAGAAGGUCAAGCCGCGUGAGAGCAAGCGCUCGAACAGUGGCCUCGGCGCGAUUCCCCGCAGCAGACACUCACCUCUUGCAGCCCGGCCGCGUUCUAUGCCAGCUGCUUCGAUCGACGAUGACUUUGGUCAUGAGUUUGAGAACAAGUUCCAGUUUGGCAGCGGUCGUGGCAUUAUCCACGGCGACUCACCCAAUUCAUCGAUCAAGCUCAAGCCCAGGAGUAAGCGUGGAAGCCUUUUCCCGGAUCAGGCACCUCGCACCUCGCAGGUUGCUCAGGCUUUUGCCUCGCGCUACGACUUCGGGGCUUCACUCACGGCUGCGUUGUCUACUGCCCAAACCACCCUUGGCGAACGCAGUGGACUCAAGGUCAACACCUCAGACGUGGGCAAGAAAGGCUACUUUGACCACCCAGCUCCCGCUCCCAAGGCACGCACCACGGCUGGUACGCCUGUCCCUGGUACGCGGCCCGACUCCCUGUCGCUUGAGAAGCCCGGCCUACAGUCUGCCGAGUAUAACGAGUUAAUCCAGAAGUUUUGUUUUUUUGGCACACCUACCGGCAAAAUUUCUCCGCUCGCUGCUACACCUGCGACCUCGAACGUGCAAAGCGACGGAGCCAUGGAUUACAUGAUGAACAACAGCUCUGGGAGCAACCAGUCAUCUGCCACUAGCAGCCCCCCUUCCCCUGCCAUGCCUCUCUUGGUCGAUGGCGCCAACGAUAUGAUGUAUUCCCGGAGCGCUUCCCCUUUCUUAUCCCGCUCAAACUCACCCGGCCCCGUUACUGGGACUGGUCCCGAGGACCAUAUGACCUCUCAGUACCAGCAUGGAUACAAGCUGGGAGGUGGCAUGUUCUACGAGCGCAGCCACACCCCGACAGCAUGCGUCUAA